AUGGUGCCGCAGAUACUGAAGAACGCCGCUCUGCUGCGUGCCAACCAGGGGGCGGCACUGGGCAUCCUGUCCUGGCUGGGCUUCGCCACGGGCUUCCUGGGCAACAUGCUGCUGCUCUCCUACUUCACCGCUAAGGGGGAGCUCUCUGCGUGCCUCGUGCAGGUAGUGGGAGCAGCCUCCACGGCCAUCCUCCUCUCGCAGGUCUACCUUGCGGGGUUCAUGCCGCCACCAGCCUUCACCGCCGUGGCCGCCUAUCUGCUGCUCGGCUGUGCCGUCAACUGCCUGCGCUUCACCCGCCACUUGCCCCAACCGCUGUGGGACACGUGGCAGGACGUGAUUGGCGUUCUGGGCCUCGCCGUGCUGCCACAGGUCAUCUGGUCCACCUUCUCCUCUGUCAGCACGAAGCUUCCAGGAACCAUCUCAGCGGUGGGCGGGCUACUGUUCAUAGCGGCCAUGCGGAGGGGGCUGGUGGGGCAGCCGUGGCGGGACAGGUGGCAGCUGCUGAGUGGCUGGACCGCCACGCUGCUCUUCAUGGUCAUGCCCGUGGCUCAGCUGCAGGUGUGCUUCACGCGCCCCGACCAGCUAGCAGGCAUGUCAGCACUCUCCUCGCUGCUGGGCAUAGUGGGCAAUGGUCUCAUGGUGCCGCGGGCACUUUUCACACGCGACUUCAUCUGGUUCCUGGGUUGUUCCUGGGGCUGCAUUCUCAUGGGCUGGGGUGUUCUCCUCGCCAUGGCCCUCCACCGCUUCUACCCGCCUCGUCUCUUCAUGGCUGUCUCACUUGCGCUUAUCAGCUAUCUUGCUGUUGUCUUCAAAUUUGAUGCCGAUGCCCAUGGCUGCACUCCUGUGCUUGGUUCUAUCUCUGGGUUGCUAAAUGGUGCAGCUUGA